CGCCGCCGCCGCUCACCCCCGCCGCACUGGAUUUACCGCCCGCCGCGGCCCCGCGCCCCGGCCCCAUGCGGGGCAUCGGCACCAGCGGCUAGAAGGGGACCUGGAUGGCCGUGGCUGAAGUCGGCUGGUGCGCGGUGAAGCGGUGCGCUGCGGACGUCGGUGUUCCCUCCUGCCCCUUCGCCACCCGGGAGCCGCGCCCGUCUCCUUCGCCCUCCUCCUCCUCGUCCUCCUCCGGCUCCCAGGGUGAACGCGGCUCCUCCAAGACUCCUCGGCCGGAGACCGACGACAGUCACCGGCCGGCCCCUCCGCCGCCCCCCGCCGCCGAGGGCAGGUCUCUGCUCGCCCCCUACGUGCAUUUCGGGGCCCCCCACCCCUCCGGCCGGUUCAGCUGGGAGGACAUCCUGCUCUUCGCGGACUUAGACCAAACCAACAAGCUGAUCUGGUCCAGCCGCGGGCCCAAGUUGAGCGCCCUCGGCGCCGAGCAACCCGAGGAGAUGUACCAGACCCUCGCCAUCUCGGCCGCCCAGGGCCCCACGCCUUACGACGGAUCUCCGGGCGGCUUCAUGCACUCCACACCCAGCUCGCCCGUGUACGUGCCCACGACCCGCGUGGGCUCCAUGCUGCCCACGCUGCCGUACCUGCAAGGCAGCGGGGCGGCCCAGCCAAGCCACCCGGGCGGCGGCCACGCCGUCUGGUCCCAGCCAGCCGCGGAAAGCCCCUCGUACAGCACCGGCGGCGGCUCCCACCCCUCGGGCCGCUUUCCCUAUUCGCCCAGCCCGCCGGUGGCCAACGGGGCCUCUCGGGAGCCCGGCGCCUACAGCAACAGCCUGGGAGCCAGGGACCAGUACAGCCCCCUGGCCCGGCCGCUCAAUGGCUCCUAUCCGGGGCCCUACACGUCCUACGUGGGGCCGCAGCUCACCCCCGCCUGGCCCACGGCGCCCUUCGAGAACUCCAUGCUGCACUGCCUCCAGGGCCGGGCCGCCCCCAUCCCCGUCCGGGCACCCAGCGCAGAGCUGCUGGAGGACCUGUCUGAGAGCCGAGAGUGCGUCAACUGCGGCUCCAUCCAGACCCCGCUGUGGAGGAGGGACGGCACCGGCAACUACCUGUGCAACGCCUGCGGUCUCUACACAAAAAUGAAUGGCCUCAGCCGGCCCCUCAUCAAGCCCCAAAAGAGAGUGCCUUCGUCGCGGCGGCUGGGCUUGUCCUGUGCCAACUGCCACACCACGACCACCACCCUGUGGCGCAGGAACGCGGAGGGUGAGCCCGUCUGCAACGCCUGCGGCCUCUACAUGAAGCUCCAUGGGGUUCCCCGACCUCUUGCUAUGAAAAAAGAAGGAAUUCAGACGAGGAAGCGAAAACCUAAGAACAUAAAUAAAUCAAAGGCAUGCUCUGGUAACACUACUACUGCAGUUCCUAUGACUCCAACAUCCACGUCUUCUACUAACUCAGAUGACUGUAGCAAAACCGCUUCUCCCAGUGCACAGACUGCAGCCUCCGGGGCGAGCUCAUCAGUGAUGUCUGGCCCAGGAGAGAGCACCAGUCCUGAAAGCAGCAACCUUAAGUAUUCAGGUCAAGAUGGGCUGUACACAGGAGUCAGCCUGAGCUCCACGGCCGAAGUGACAGCAUCUGUGAGACAGGAUCCCUGGUGUGCCCUGGCUCUGGCAUGACCCAGCGUGAGGGAAGCUGGAUCCUGGUGCUGCGCGGCAGCCCCCGGACGUCCACAAGCAGUUUCUCCUGUGGAGCGGUCGCAGCGGCAGCAAGAGUGAUGGGAAAGACCAUUUCUCUGAAAUAGUUUUUGAGCCUUGGUGGCAGAGGUGUUUCUCAGCCUCUGAAAGAAGCUCUGCCAAAGCAUCCAGUUCCUCAUCUAUGCAAGAAAAAUAUAGGGAAAGCAAAUGACCACCAGGGGAUAGCUAAUGCAGCCUUACAAUCUCAAAGAAACCCACAAAACCCCCAAAACAAAUUUAAAAAAAAAAAAAAAAAGAAAGAAAAAGAAAAAAAAAAGAA